CGCACUAGGAGCUCCAGAAGUAGUAGUAAGCAGCAAUGGCGCAGCAGAUAGAGCACACCCACCUCCUCCUCCGUGGGCUCAACCUCCACCUUGCUCAAGUAGGCAAAGAUGAGCUUGGGACGGUGGUGUUCUUGCACGGCUUCCCGGAGAUAUGGUACACGUGGCGCCACCAGAUGCUGGCCGUGGCCGCCGCCGGGUACCGCGCCAUCGCGCCCGACAGCCGCGGCUACGGGCUCUCCGACCAGCCGGCGGAGGACGUGGAGGCCACCUGGGAGGACCUCGUCGCCGACGUGCUCGCCAUCCUCGACGCCCUCUCCAUCCACAAGGUGUUCCUGGUGGGCAAGGACUACGGCGCCAUGCCGGCGUACGACUUCGCGCUGCGGCACCCGGACCGCACCCGCGGCGUCAUGUGCAUGGGCAUCCCCUUCAGCCCGGGGCCCUUCAACUUCGACACCAUGCCGGAGGGGUUCUACAUCCUGCGGUGGCGCGAGCCCGACAGGGCGGAGGCCGACUUCGGCCGGCACGACGUCCGCCGCGUGGUGCGCACCAUCUACAUCCUCUUCUCCCGCAGCGACGUCCCGAUCGCGGAGGAAGGGCAGGAGAUCAUGGACCUCGCCGACCUCUCCACGCCCCUGCCGCCGUGGUUCACCGAGGAGGACCUCGACGCCUACGCCGCGCUCUACGAGAAGUCCGGCUUCCGCUACCCUCUCCAGAUACCAUACAGGUCUCUGCACAGGAUGACGAAGCACGUGGACCCCAAGUUCCAGGUCCCCGUGUUCAUGGUGAUGGGGGAGAAGGACUACUGCUUCAAGUUCCCUGGUUUCGAGGCCGCCAUGAGGAGCGGCGUCAUGAACACCUUCGCGCCGAACCUCAAGAUCACCUACAUCCCUGAAGGAAGCCACUUCGUGCAGGAGCAGUUCCCGGACCAGAUCAACGACCUCCUACUCGGCUUCCUCAAGGACCAUCCCUGAUCUAUAAUCCAUCGCCGGACGAGAGUGAGCUCGGGGUUCCCAAUGAAUAAAGCUUCCGCCACCAUUGCUCUGCUUGAACCAUGUCGCUCUGAAUUUUCUUGGUCGUUAAAAAUGGAUAGUGUAAUGUAAUCAUGCCCGUCUGGUUUUUCAGUUUUUGAAUCGGGUAGCUCAUCAUCGAUUAAGAAACAUUAUAUUUCUACUUUUUUUGAGGGUUUUUUCUUUUUUUGAGGGUAACAUUAUAUUUCUACUACAAUGUACUCCUUUCAUUAACUCAAAAAUGCAACACUA